AUGCUGGUGGUAUACGUGCUAUCAAGGGGUUUUCUCACACAUCCUCCGUUUUUCACUUACACCCUCAAUCGCUUGCUUCCUUUUCCUCCCACUGGAAAUGAGCUCAGUCACGAGGGUCGUUCGUGGUACUCGGCGCACCGGGGACCUCUUUGGAUUGCAGCUACUGCAAAGACACCCGAUGAGGAGGAGGUUCGCGCGAUAGAGGAGGCUUAUCUGGAACGAGGUGUUCUUUUGGGUUGCGUCAACGUGGAUGAUGUCCUGCCACAGAAGGAAUACCGUUUAAAGUUCCCUAGCGGCGAAUCCGAGAGUGCCUACGUAUUUGUCUGCUCGGAUCCUCGUGAGCUGCUCAUCAAGUUGCCACUAAAGGGACGGCAAAGAAUCUACCGUCUCGAGGCGCAUAUUCAUGCGGCAGCUAAGGAGAACCUCACGUGA